GUGCAAAACAACGUAGCCCAGACCUCCAACUCUCGCACGGAACAACAAACAAAUACCCAGAACAGAACGAACGAUUUGCGAAUGAAAGCGACCUACGACAACAGAGAACGAGACAAAAGAAACGCGGAACCUGAUCUUAAUAACGUCUUCCAAGACAGUCGACGAUAAGUGGCAGACCUUGAAACGACGGACACCCUUCCCUCAGGCGCCAUUCGCAUCGGCGACGAGGUAGCGCUCGCACUGGAGACGGGCUGUUUUCUCACAACAGAGCUAUGAGUGGGACCACUACCAAACCAACUCAUGUGAUGCGUGAGGUGGCUUAUGAGGAACUGGCCGGCUUGAAGGAUCGAAUGUCUCGCUAUCUUCCUCAUUCAGGCUCUAUUUACGGGAUGCUGGACACCAAACUCCGUCAUCCUUUGGUCAAAGAAUUCUCGACGGCUGUUUACGUCCCCGACAGCCACUCCUCUUCGUCGCUGGUGGUGGCAACUCCCUCCUGCUCCUCCGAUCUGAAGAGUCUGACGGUCUUCUGGUGGCCUGAAGAAGAGGCUGACGACGAGGACCUAGCUCUCCUGCUGGCGUCCCUCCCGUCGUGUCGUUGGGACCAGCCGCUGUUCUUCUACGCUUGUUCCAUUCCCGUGCUUCGGAAGCUGGAAUCUCUGAUGAAUCACAAGUGCCUAGCAGGAGGACAGACGGUCUGGCAUCGGACGUCUGAGGGGAUUUUGUACAGCAUCAGUCGAGAGGAUUUGCAGGACCAUCAGUUGCCCCCGGGGUUCACCAUGCGUCCCCUGAGGCCAGAGGACACGCCCACCGUCCGCUCGUGGUGGAAGUACAACUGGUCCGAGACCUACGCCGCCCUCUCCUCCCUCCUGGGCUGCUUGGCCUCCGUCGGCGUGUUCGAGGAGGCCGCGGAAGGAGGCGAAGGAGACCGGAAGCUGGUCUCGUGGAUCCACCAGUACAAGAACGGCUACAUGGGAAACACGUUCACACUGCCGGAGUACCGAAGGCUGGGUUUGGCUCGCGGCGCCACCCUCGCGCUCGCCCGUGAGGCCAUCGAGAGCGGCCGCCCGCCGUACCUGGUUAUUGAUGAGACAAACACCGGCUCGAUCCUCUUCCACGAAAAGAUAGGAUUCAAGAAACAGUGCGGCGUAGGAUGGAAUGUUAGUCUGCCUCCUGGAGUGGCGCUCGAAGACGUUACACGCGCGCAAAAUGAUUGAUGACUUGUGUACACGGCGAGAGGCUGCGGCAGAACCGUGGCAGAAAAGGCAUGAGUUUCAUGAAUAUGUGAGGAGUGGCUGGUCUGGCAGAUCUCGGUGGCGCGGGUGUGACGGGACGCAAAAGUGAUUUGGAGGGCGAUCGAAAACUCUCCCUGACGGCUGCAGGAGCGAGGUACCAUGGUUAGAGGAAUAUGUCACUUAAGUUCUUCGAUCCAAGACAGUUAACAGUGCUGGAAAGAGAGCUGGUUCUCUCCACGCCGAUAGAAAGAACUAGGAAAAAGGUAUAUCCAUUUCACGGGCGAUCGCGUAUUUAUUAAUAGCAUUUAUUCAAAUAUUACUUGCAUACUCAUGUAGCUAGCUCAGUGUGCUUCAUAAAAUAGAAUAAAAGAUUGUUGCAUAAUAAUUACAAACA